CAUCUUCUCUACAGCAUUGCGGGUUUUAAUACUCUCUGUCUGCAAUCAUGAAGGGUUUGUCCACGGUCUCCUCGAUCGUGCUUUCGUUGACAACUGGGGCGCUCGCGUCUCCGGUCUCCUCCCAGGAUGUCGUAUACUUCAAGCCUUUGAAGGUCACAAAGGACUCGCUCCAUAACAUCCACCUCGGCUUUUCCGAUGAAUCUUUCGAGGGCGAGCUUCGCCUUGUCCACGGUUCGUGUGAUAUGGUGGAGGCGCAUCAGAUGCACCAUGAGAUUGGUUCUACCUUCGUCCGUCGCGAGGCUCAUCCUGAACGAUUCGUAUGGAUCGUUCCAGAGAAUGCCAUUGACAAUGGAUGUCUGCAUGCCUACUCCGGUUCCCACUUGCUUGGUCGCUCUACUCCAAUCUCGGUGAUGAAGAACAUGCGAAAGCGUGAAGAGAUCUCCGAGGUUGCUGAGAUGACUGGUCCUUGGUUCGAUGGUGUUGCAUACAUGCAGUCCAAGCAGAACAAUGGAUCGACCUUGGCUGUCGCUAAGAGCAAGAAGAUUGCUAUUGUCGGAGGUGGAAUGUCUGGUCUUUUGACCAGCCACCUUCUUGACUCUGUCGGUAUCCACGACUGGGAGAUCAUUGAGUCUAGCCAGCGCAUCGGUGGUCGUAUCAGGACCAAGUACCUUGCUGGAUCUACUCCUGGUGACUACCAGUACCAAGAGAUGGGACCUAUGCGUUUCCCCGUCGAGGUUAAGGACAAGGAGACCAAUGAGACCUAUGAGAUCCAGGAUCAUAAGAUGGUUUUCCAGCUUGCGGAGACCCUCAACAAGCUGAACGGAAAUGCAUCUUCCCUUGCUGUGAACUUCAUUCCCUGGAUUCAAUCCAGCCCUAAUGUUCCUGGAAACUCCAACGGAUACCGUCUGCCGAACGGCCGCAUCCCCAGUGUCUCUCAGAUUGCCGCCAACAAGUCUAUUGUGCCAGCUGCCCCCAAGCCCGCCAACUAUGAUUCCGAAGCUGCUGACAAGGCCGAGGAGGAGCUCCAGGAGUUCAUCGGUUUGACUCCGGAGAAGAUGAAGGAGAUCGCUACCAACAUCUUCAAGGCCCACAAGGCGGAUGUCGACAAGGGUUUGUUCUCUUUCUCGGAGACCGCUUACUUGAAGUACCACCUCAACCUGUCCGCCGACAUCACUGAUUACCUUUCCGGCUUCAGCAACAACGGUCCCAUGUGGGAGUAUGACAGCGUUUACUUCGCCGCCGCUACCUGGAAGACCAUCGACAAGGGUCUCGAGAGCCUUCCCCGUGCCUUCAUGCCCCACGUCCAGGACAGACUCACUCUCGGCCGUAAGAUCGACGGAGUUGUCUACAACAACGAGACCGGCAAGGUUUCCCUCACAUGGCGCGAGAACCCUCUCGCUAUGAAGCCCAACUCCAAGGAGUACGACUACGCUGUCAUCGCCGCGCCUUUCACCAAGGUCCGCCUCUGGAAGCUCCCCCAGUACUCCUCCCUCCUCUCCCGCGCCAUCAAUACCAUGAACUACCAGCAGUCUUGCAAGGUCUCACUACACUACAAGACCCGCUUCUGGGAGAAGCUCUCUCCUCCCAUCAUUGGCGGCUGCGGCUCCACCGACAUCGCUGGCAUCGGCUCCGUCUGCUACCCAGCCUACAAGAUCAACAGCACCGGCCCCGGUGUCAUCCUCGGCUCCUACGUGAGCGGCACACCCGCCCGCUCCGUCGCCGCCCUCUCUGCCCAGGACCACGUCGCAAUGGUUCAGCGCGCUAUGGUCGAGAUCCACGGUCCCGUCGCCGCCGAGCAGUGGACCGGCGCCUACGACCGCCAGUGUUGGGAGGUUGACGAGCACCAGGCCGGUGCCUGGGCUGCUCCCCUCGUCGGACAGCAGGACCUCUACCUCCCCGCUUACUACCAGACCGAGUUCAACACCAUCUUCAUUGGUGAGCACACCAGCUACACUCACGCCUGGAUCUUCAGCGCUCUUGACUCCGCUGUCCGCGGUACUACCCAGCUCUUGCUCGACUUGGGCCUCGUCGAUGAGGCUAAGCAGGUCGUCCAGGAAUGGAUGGGAAGGUGGAUCCACGUCUAA